GGAUGCUGCGCGGAUUCACAAACUCAUCUGGACCCGUAUUCAGAACAGUCGGACUGUAAAGGAACAUAGCCUGGUCUACCUGGAUUAAACAUCAACAGGCGUUCUUUAAGGUCCUUGCAUUUUCUUGCAUGUAUGGGCAUGUCAAGCGGACUUGCUGGUUGAUCAUGGAUAGGACUGAAAGGCUGGAGACGGGUGUCGCUCAGGUGACAUCAACACCGUUAACUUUCCCCUCAAGUACCUAAUGGAUGCAGGCGAACAAGUGGGACCAUGAGGAACACGCCAAACGCGUUUAGGGGUUUAUGCCACCGUGGCACUACAAGAACAGUUUCGCAGUAUUAAGAUAUAGAUCAGGAAUUUAUUCUCUAAUAUGUUAUGAUGAAUAUGCAUAUAUGCGCCUUACAGACCGCUCUCUUAGAAGCGCCCGAGCUCUCAGUAAUGGAGACGAUCUCAGAUUUCGCGGUAAUGAAGUGACAGUGCCAAAAACACUCGAGCCACAGUGCACGGAACUGAUUGCACACACAUCUAAUGUUACGUCUAGGUAUGCCUGUUGUUACAAUAAAUGUGAAAUAUAACGUUGUCAAGAUAUUCAGUGUUCACGUGUCAUAACGACAGCGAACUGUUUCGUGGAUAACGUAACAUGUCUGAAAGUUUCAUGAACAUGGACGCACAAACAGAUGACAACACAUGGUGUGUGGCAAGGAGAAUGGAAAUGUUUGUCUUUCGGAACGACGUGGCCAUUUGAUGCAUUCCUGAUCAAGAAGGCGGUAUUUUGGAUAAAGCUCUUGGACAUCAUCUCAACGACAUCGGAGGUAGUGCAAGCACUGCAGACAGUUCAAAGUAUUCAACUGGAUGUGGUAUGGAACGGCAACAUUCUGGUUUCUUUCGCGCAGAUGAAUGUCAUGUCAAUCAAGUGCUGUCAUCAAAAGACAAAUAGUUAUCACUGAAAGUGGAUGACAAGCCUGUGCAAUGGAGUACAAGCAUACGGCAGUAAAACAGUAACACUUGAUCAACAGAAAAGUAACUUUUAUGCUUACCGACUGUACUGCUACUCUGACAAGGUAAAAUGAAUUCCAGAUUUCGGAAGAAGAAUUAGUUCAACCUGUCAUAUGGAUCUAGUUCAUUUUCUUUGGAGUCUCCUCAAACGUCAUCAUUCACCGACGGAUGCUCCCACAGGUGUUUCAGGAAAGUUGCCUUUGUGCGUCCAGGGAGCCCUUAUCUGAAAGCAUGCGCCUCCUGGUAUGAGUGCUUGUGCAGUGGGCUAGAAGAGGACCCAGCUCCCCUUCCUUCCUGCUUCUCCUACCUUCUUCCCCCUCACCACCACCGCCAGCCCCUCUUGCACACAUGCAGGCCAAGAAGAGGUACCUGCUGGUGUCUCUGGGGGCCUGUCUUCUUCUGCUUGCCUACUUGUGGGGACUGCAGAUCGGGGAGUUUCACCAGCCGAGCCACCAGCAGCUGUACGCGGCGGCCCACGGUGCCCACGGUGGGGGUUCCAGACUGCCCAGGCAGCGCUGGGCGGAGUGGGGCCACUCGCUGGGCACCUACCUGGAUGGGGUGGAGCAGGAGGAGGACCGCAGCCCCGUGGUCAUCCACCAGCACUCCUCCCCGCGGGAGCGACGGGAGAUCCGCAACAACAUCUACAAGAGCCGCCGCUGCCGCAUGGACACCUGCUUCGACUUCGCCCGCUGCGAGAGGGGCUUCAAGGUGUACCUGUACCCGCCCGCCAAUGGCGAGAAGAUCUCCGAGAGCUACCAGAAGAUCCUGACGGCCAUCGAGGACUCCCGGUUCUACACCACGGAUCCGCAGGAGGCAUGCCUGUUUGUGCUGAGCAUCGAUACACUGGAUAGGGACCAGCUCUCGGCUCAGUAUGUCCACAACGUCAAGGCUAAAAUCCAGAGCCUUCCUUUGUGGAACGAAGGAAGGAACCAUCUCAUUUUCAACCUGUACUCUGGCACCUGGCCUGACUACACAGAGGAGCUGGGCUUUGAUAUUGGCCAGGCGAUGUUAGCCAAGGCCAGCAUUGAUAUGGAUAAUUUCAGGCCACACUUUGAUGUGUCCAUUCCGCUUUUUUCAAAAGACCAUGCCCAGAAAGGAGGGGACAAGGGUUAUUUGACACUCAAUAAUGUUCCACCAUCGAGGAAAUAUUUGCUUGUUUUUAAAGGGAAGAGGUAUCUCACUGGUAUUGGCUCUGAGACCAGAAACGCUCUCUACCACAUUCACAAUGGAGAUGAUAUCAUUUUAUUGACUACCUGCAAGCAUGGGAAAGACUGGGAGAAACAUAAAGAUGGCCGAUGUGACAGGGACAACGAAGAAUACUCAAAAUUCGACUACCAGGAGCUGCUCCAUAACUCCAGUUUCUGCCUGGUCCCCCGAGGGCGUCGCCUGGGCUCCUUUCGGUUCCUGGAGGCCCUGCAGGCUGCCUGCAUCCCAGUGCUGCUCAGCAAUGGCUGGGAGCUGCCCUUCUCUGAGAGCAUCGACUGGAACAAAGCGGCUAUCAUCGGUGACGAAAGGCUCCUGCUUCAGAUCCCUUCAAUUACCAGAUCGGUGGACCAUGACAGAAUAUUGGCGCUCCGGCAACAGACACAGUUCCUGUGGGACGCCUAUUUUUCUUCAGUCGCAAAAAUAGUAUUAACUACAUUAGAGAUAAUCCGGGAGCGGAUCCAUUCCCACAUAUCAAGAAGUAGGCUGAUGUGGAAUGCUCUGCCUGGCGCUCUGUACGCACUGCCACAGUUCUCCACAGACCCUUCAGUUUUCCCCUUCUACUACUCCAUGCUGGGUAAAAGCCCGUCCCUGGAGUUCACUGCAGUGUUGCAGGUGGUGACCCCCCUCCAGUCCCAGCUGCAGCCAGUGCUCAAACUCAUCAUUGCCGUUGCCAAAUCCAAGUUCUGUGCACAGAUCCUAGUGCUGUGGAAUUGUGACAAGCCUUUACCUCCCAAGAGCAAGUGGCCCUCCACCAGUGUGCCUAUCACCGUUAUUGAAAGAGAGAGAAAGACGAUGAGCAGUCGCUUUUUCCCCCAUGAUGUCAUCCUCACAGACGCAGUCCUCAGUCUGGACGAGGACUCUGUUCUGUCGACCAAUGAGGUUGACUUCGCCUUCAUCGUGUGGCACAGUUUCCCAGACAGGAUCGUGGGCUACCCAGCAAGAAGCCACUACUGGGACCUGGGGAAGGGGCGUUGGGGGUACACCUCCAAAUGGACCAACGAGUACUCCAUGGUGCUCACCGGCGCAGCAUUCUACCACAGGUAUUAUCACUACCUGUACACGCACUACCUGCCUGCCAGCCUGCUCAGCAUGGUGGACCAGAUGGCCAACUGCGAGGACAUCCUCAUGAACUUCCUGGUGUCGGCCGUCACCAAGCUGCCGCCAAUCAAAGUCACACAGAAAAAGCAGUACAAGGAGACCAUGAUGCAGCAGGGCUCCAAGUCGUCGCGCUGGGCCGACCCGGACCACUUUGCGCAGCGGCAGACUUGCAUGAACUCCUUCAGCGGCUGGUUCGGCUUCAUGCCGCUGCUGCACUCGCAGAUGCGCUUGGACCCCGUCCUCUUCAAGGACCAGGUCUCCAUCCUGAGAAAGAAGUACAGAGACAUCGAGAGGCUUUAGGGACACACACACCAACACACACACACACACAGACAGACUUGUCACACACACACACACACGAGGACAUGAGUGUGUGUGUGCAUGUAUGGGCCAAACCAGAGGAGUACCCUCUUGUCUCCUUUUUUUUCCUCUUUUGAUUUCUGUUUUGAAAAGCAGCAUAUGAGCUUGCUUUGACUGUGACCUGAUAUCUUAAAUGAAAGAAAUAAUAUCUCUAUAGAGUAAAUUAUUAUAUUGAAAAAGAAAUAUAUGCAACUCCCGGGUCCAUUUUUGUGGUUCUGAUGGUCCUGCUCACUGAAGCCCACUCGCAGAGAAGCAGUCCAGCUCACAUGGGAGUUGGGACUAGUUUGUUGUCUCUUGUCUCAUCCUUGUCGUCGUUUGAAGAAGAAGAAGAUUGUUACUUUUCACAAGCUCACCCUGAUCUCAUCACUUGCGCCCUCUCCACCCUCAAACCCCCUCUCUCUGGACAAGGACUACCGCAUCAGUGGGUGGCCAGAGAUGUCACCUAUGCCUGCAAUAUGUACUUCAGUUUUCUAUUUUACCUAUAUUUAGUUUUUUAUUAUUAUUAUUAUUAUUAUUAUUAUUAUUAUUAUUAUUAUUAUUAUUAUUAUUGAGACUGUCUUUUUUUCUUAGUUUUCAAGGACGUGUCUUGUCACAAGAGAAUGAUAAAUAAAUGGGGGGAUCUUUAACACCAUACAUUUUCUUCUGAUAUAUUUUAUUUCCAGGGGUUCCAGCAGGAUAAAUAUUUUUAACAAAAUUCCAUUUUCUGUUGCUCCAUCUUACUAUGAGCUAUAAAUUGCCAAA